CAGUCGCAUUCGCUGACCAGGCUCGCGUGACUCCAGAUUCCGAGCAAACCGAACACUUCGCAAAAAAGAAGUGAGAAUAAACAACACUCGAUACACACAUAGACAACAGCAAAUAAACCGCCACAAUGGUCCUCAUUACGCGAGCCAUCUCGCUCACCAACUUCCUGGUCGCUUCGUCGGCUCUCGGCUUCCAGGUCUUCGUCCUGUACCCAUGGCACGAGCAGCUGUCCCACGACUUUGAGGAGCUUAAGAAGGAACACAUCCGCGUCCUCGACUAUGUGAAGGGUGUCGACGCCGGCCUGAGAAAGGGACAAGGCGGCGCUCCCGCUGGUCAAUCUAUUCUGGAGAGACUGGGCUACAAAUGAGCGGGGUCAAUCGCCCUCUUUUGGUAGCCCUUGGACUUUUCCUUCUUUUUCUUUUGGGGUUCAAUAAGGGUCGGUCGGUUUGUCUAUCUGUCCAAGUUGUCUUUCAUUUCCACGAUUGCAUGCGAUACUCCCUGAGAGCGAAUUUAAAAAGAGCUUAUUCCCCCCAUUCGCAGCAGCCUUACCCUGUGAUAAUUAUACGACAUCUCAGACCGUCUAAUGGGUCGCCAAUCUCUGAGAUCUCACAUUGGAUUGGCAACAACCUCAACCAGGUGCUUCAAUUGGCGCGAUAUUCUCGCAAGAGUGAGAAGACGUGAUUGAAAUGCCCCAGACUCACAGUAAAGCGAUAAAAAAAACUGGAGGAAAUCCAGUACACCUCCUCAAAUGAGAUCACCUGCCGCAACAGGACUCACUCAAGCCAUCGCUCGGAAACCACCAAGCAUCACGUGGGGCGAGACCCGCUUCACCGCCGGUAAAUACAGCAUCUUCGGAGCCCGCUCCGGAACCGCGCGAGCGAAUCGACGCAAUGAUAAGCGAUUCGAGCGACUCGAUGCAUCACAGGUG